AAAAGGAAAAAUACGGUAAACGAGAAAGAUAGUAAACGAGGGAGUUCGAAGAUGAUACUAAGAACAGUUUCUGGGGGCAUCGUCCUUUUCCUCCUACUUAGCGGAUCAAUUGUUGCUCAGGACGACGAUUCCUUGGCUGGUAGUUUCAUAACAGGUUUACUAGAUUCCAUAACGAGCACAGCAAAUAGCGCAGAUUGUCCAGGUGUGUGUGUACACGCAUUUGCAACAUUAAUAUGUUACGAAGUUCUGGAGCACGUGCAAUGCCCAGGUAGCAUGCGAUGUUGUAUCGAAGCGCCUAUAAAUGGUACCGGAACUUCUGAAAAUAUUUCCAGUGACGAUGGUUCAACUUCGACUAUGUCCACUACCGUUAAAACAACGACAACAACUACAAGCACGACUACACCGUCGACGACUACAGCAUUAACAACCCUGCCUUCAACAGCUUCGUCGAAAGUUACUCCAGAUAACCAGAAGGAAACAAAUGACAAAGCAUCAACAAAAGGAUGUACUGGAAUUUGCAUGGCAGAGAGAAUAGCCGACUAUUGCGAUGCCGUUUUAAUGAUAGACGCUCUCUGCAAGCCAGGAUACAAAUGUUGCGUGUCUAGAGACGAGUAUGGAGAAUCACCUCCAGCGGAAUUGCUGGUAAUUGAUCGUACAAAUUCAAGUCGUUUCGAUGAGAAAACUGGUGUGAAUACAUCGCACAAAGGUUCUUCGACCCUUGCUACCGUACGACCAAAUACGGCUAUUUCUACGAGCGUGUCCACGACUAUGACUACAACUACUACUGUAACGACGAAACAGCCAACGACGACGAUAAGGCCAAAGAUUUCUGGCAAGAAACCAUGUAAAGGGGAAUGCGUCAGUGGAUUCUUCGCUCUUCUCUGCGACAAAGUUGAUGGAGAAGCUGAAUGUCCUGACGAUGGAUCUUGUUGUGUUAUCGAUGCGUUCAUUAAAACGGAGACGACAACGACGACGACAGUUCGACCAACCACGAAGCCAUCGCAACCAAAAUUACAACCCUGUCCAGGAUUUUGUUUGUUAACUAUUAUGGCAGCUUUUUGCGAACGACCGAAUGUAAUAAUACCGAAGACAUCGACCUGUCAAUCCGGAUCUAUUUGUUGUGACAACACAAAAACCUCGCCGCAGAAAAUAAACGUAGUGACACCAUCUUCUUCGUAUCAGACUCCAAGGCCGAGGCCAAGGCCCACGCCAAGACCUGCGCCGAUUACUACGGUUUCUUUGCCGCCAGAUCCUCGUCCAGAGUGUCCUGGUUCCUGCAUCGUUUCUUAUUUAUCUUUCACCUGUUUCAGAAAUGCCGAACUGACAAACUUAUUUAAGUGUAAGAAACAACGGCAUCAGUGUUGUGCACCAAAGUCAUUAAUACGAGAAUUUAACGAAGGAAAUUCUACCGAGCCGAUUUCGAUUAACAGAAAUGAUACCAUGUAUGUCACGACGAAACCGUAUACGACAUCUCUUGCAACAACAAUGUACGAAACAACGCCAAUGACGACGACCGUCAGAAGUCCAGUUUACAGUAAAUACGUGUGUGGUGUAAAGGGAACUUAUCGUGGACCAAUUCAAGCUCGUAACUUGAACAGAGGAGCGCGAGUUGUUGGAGGAGAAGAUGCGGAUGCCAAUGAGUGGUGUUGGCAAGUCGCUUUAAUCAAUUCCCUCAAUCAAUAUCUCUGCGGAGGUGCGCUCAUAGGGACGCAAUGGGUCCUCACCGCAGCACACUGUGUAACAAAUAUCGUGAGAUCUGGAGAUGCGAUUUACGUAAGGGUAGGAGAUCACGACUUGACGCGGAAGUACGGAAGUCCAGGUGCUCAAACUUUACGAGUAGCGACGACUUAUAUUCAUCACAACCACAACAGUCAAACUCUUGACAACGAUAUAGCGCUAUUAAAGCUUCACGGGCAAGCAGAACUAAAGGAUGGCGUUUGUCUGGUAUGUCUACCUGCGCGAGGAGUCAGCCACACAGCUGGCAAACGAUGCACCGUCACUGGUUAUGGGUACAUGGGGGAAGCUGGCCCUAUUCCUCUUCGGGUACGAGAGGCUGAAAUUCCAAUCGUGAGUGAUGCUGAAUGCAUACGUAAAGUGAAUGCUGUAACUGAAAAGAUUUUCAUCUUACCAGCGAGUAGCUUUUGUGCUGGUGGUGAACAAGGCAACGAUGCAUGUCAGGGAGAUGGAGGUGGUCCUUUAGUCUGUCAAGAUGACGGCUUCUACGAAUUGGCUGGACUCGUAUCGUGGGGCUUCGGUUGUGGCAGAUUGGACGUUCCUGGUGUUUACGUCAAAGUUUCGGCGUUCAUUGGCUGGAUUAACCAAAUUAUUUCCGUAAAUAAUCUUUAGUUUCUUUUUAUAUAUUGUUAAUAAAAUUGAAAAUAUUUAUUUAUUAAGAAAUUGUAGUACCUUAACGCGCGCUUGAUGUCGUAACAAUUUUCUGUUACGUGUCUAGCAACGUGGAAGAAAGUUUGUUUUGAUGCAUGAUAAAUGUACGACAAAUUCGUGCAAAGAAAUUUGUCAUUCUGAAAUUGUUACAAUAUUUGUAAUAUAUGUAACGUAAAUAUUAUAGCUUUAACAGUAAAAAAUAAAUAAAUUUUGUAAUGACAUUACGAUCCUAGGUAAUUAACAUAGUAAACUUCUGUUUAUCCAUUUUAUUUUAAUUAUCAUUUGUUAUUUUUAAUAAAAAAAGAUAAUUUAAUAUUCUAAACCAUUUUUAAUAAAAUGUUAUUCUAACAAUGUGUUAUAUUUUUAAGCUGACAAAGUAGCAUUCAACAACUAUAAUCUGUUAUUAUUAAUUUUUCUACAUUUAAAUGAAUUUACAUUUUUUACUUUAAAUAAAUUUGGGAACGGAAGUUUACUAUAUUGUAAUCAGUCGUAUGAAAUUUCUUAGCAUUUAAAAAUCAUUGAUAAAAUAUACUAAGAUUAAUUUACAAUUUUCUUUUCUUUUGGGGGCAAAUAAUCGUGCCAUCAAGUGCGUCAAUUUUAGGUGACAAAGAUAUCUUUUUAUAUGGUUUUAAUAAAAUAAUCAACUAUUGCUGUAAUUAUUGGGUCUACCGGGAAGUUCGGUUUCUUAAAAAGAAGAAAUCCAUAAAACACAUAACUUUUCGUUAGAUCCAAUAAUAAUAGAGGAAAGUAUAUACAGUAAGCUACAAAAUUAGUUGUACAGACAUAAACCUGAAGAAGAAAUAUAGAAUAGAAAGUUAUAAGAAUAUUUUUGUUAUUUUAAAAUAUAUAAUUUGCAUUUUGACGAUUUACAUUUCAUGUAUGUUUAUAGGAUAAUUAAAAUUUCUUAAAGAUUUCAAGGAAAUCACUGCUAACACUGCUUUGUAUAUUAUUGCAUCGCUCAUAUGUUUUUAAAAUUAUAAUUUUAAGAAUGUUUUAUCAGUUAAAAAGUAAUAAA